ACCAUCCAGACCCCCUUCUCCAGCGUGUCCCGCUCUGACGUCCGUGUGAGCAACGACGCCCAGAUCCUCGCCCACGCCCCCGUCGCCGCCUACGCCGCCGCCCCCGCCUACACCUCCUACGCCGCCCCCGUCGCCCACGCCUACGCCGCCCCCGCUGCGUACGCUGCCCCCGUCGCCCACGCUGCCUACGCCGCCCCCGUCGCUAAGGUUGCCGCCCCUCUGGGUGUCGCCUACUCCGCUGCCCCCGUGGUCUCCCACAUGCCGACCUACCUCCACGGGGGAGACAGGACCAAAGUGUAUCAGUAUAAAAGCACGGGCCCCGAUUGUCCAAGUAUCAUUCGAUCAACACAUUCAACCCAAGCAACUCACGAGCACCGCUCAACUCCUCACUUUACAAUGGCCUUCAAGCUCGUCGUCCUCGCCGCCGCCCUGGCCGUGGCCAACGCCGGUCUGAUCGGCGCCCCCGUCGGCUACGCCGCCGCCCCCGUGUCCUACGGCUACGCCGCUGCCCCCGUGGCCGUCGGCACCCCCACCCUCACCUCCCAGUCCUCCAACACCCUGAGGACCUUCGGCAACCAGGGCCAGACCUCCUACGAGCAGAAGACCAUCCAGACCCCCUUCUCCAGCGUGUCCCGCUCUGACGUCCGUGUGAGCAACGACGCCCAGAUCCUCGCCCACGCCCCCGUCGCCGCCUACGCCGCCGCCCCCGCCUACACCUCGUACGCCGCCCCCGCUGCCUACGCUGCCCACUCCUACGCCGCCCCCGCUGCGUACGCCGCCCCUAUUGCUAAGGCCUACGCCGCCCCCGUUGCCCACGCCUACGCCCCCGCUGCCUACGCCGCCCCCGCUGCGUACGCCGCCCCCAUCGCUAAGGCCUACGCCGCCCCCGCUGCGUACGCCGCCCCCAUCGCUAAGGCCUACGCCGCUCCCGCCUACGCCGCUGCCCCCGUCGCCCACGCUGGUCUCCUCGGCGUUGCCUACUCCGCUGCCCCCGUGGUCUCCCACAUGACCUACACCAGCGGCCCCAUCACCUACGCCUACUAGAUUGUGAUAUUGUGACCUUAUUUAUUUUUAUUUAUUUAUUUGUUUAAAUAAUGCGCUAAUAAAUAAGCGUUACUGAA